CAGAGACGGGCGCGCGAGAGAGCGAGGGAGACCGGAGGGGAAGCGCCGGAGCCUCAUCAUGCGUUCGGCGGGGAGCGGCGGCCACCACUCGCCUUCGGUGGCUGCGGCGGUGCUGGCCGCGGCCGGGAUUGCGCUGCUGUGCGUGGCCGGCGGAGCCAGAGCUCAGGAGGUCCAAGCAGAGAACGUGACGGUGGCAGAGGGCGGCCAAGCUGAAAUCAACUGCAGACUGCACCAGUACGACGGCUCCAUAGUGGUGAUCCAGAACCCGUCCCGCCAGAUGCUCUUCUUCAACGGCACACGAGCCCUUAAAGAUGAGCGCUUCCAGCUGGUGGAAUUCACCCAAAAGCAAGUCCGCAUCGUGCUCUCCAACGCCCGCCUGGAAGACGAAGGCGGCUACUUCUGUCAGCUGUACACGGACGACACGCACCAUCAGAUCGCCAUUCUUACCGUGCUGGUGCCACCAGAGAACCCCUUGGUGGAGGUGAAGGAACAGGCCGUGGAAGGAGGAGAAGUAGAACUCACCUGCAUCGUUCCGAGGUCGCGUCCUGCCGCGACCCUGCGCUGGUACCGUGACCGAACGUUGAUACCAGGCAUCAGCAGCAAACAAGAAAAUGGGAAAGUGUUCAGUAUUACCAACGUGCUGCAUUUUCGGGUGGAACGUAAGGACCACGGCAGCAUUGUGACCUGUGAGGCCACCCACCCUGCGCUGCGGGGGCAGCAGAAGCAGACGCAGUACGUGCUAGAUGUACAGUAUUCGCCCACGGUGAGGAUCCGCCCUCCCCAAGGGGUGAUGCGGGAAGGAGACACCUUAGUCCUGACUUGUGCCGUCAACGGCAACCCACCCCCCACGAGGAUCAACUGGAACCGAGCAAACGACUCCUUGCCGGAGCGGGCCCUGAUAGAGGGCGACACGUUGACCAUCCCCAGCCUCAGCAUGCUGGAUAACGGCACCUACUCCUGCCAGGUGGAGAACAAACACGGCCGCUCAUCGGACCAGUACGUGCUGGUGGUAUAUGACCCCGGGGCUAUCGUGGAAGCCCAGACUUCCGUGCCCUACGCCAUCGUCGGGGGAAUCUUGGCCCUCCUCGUCUUCCUGGUCAUCUGCGUCCUUAUAGUCAUGGUCUGGUGUUCCAUCCGGCAGAAAGGUUCCUACCUGACCCACGAGGCAAGUGGUUUGGACGAGCACGGAGAAGCCCGCGAGGCCUUCCUCAACGGCGGCGACGGCCAUAAGCGCAAGGAAGAAUUCUUCAUCUAAGCCGGGGAUGUGGGAGGGGGGCAAGGGGGCGUGGGAAGGGUUGCCAGGGACAGAAGGUUUUGGGGGAA